GUUCGUGGUGCGCCGUCGAUUGACGCAUUUUCCGUCGAGAAGGUGGAGAACGAAGCGUGGAGCGUUCGACAACUUCCUGUGUCUCUCCUCAUUCUCCAUCCUCUUGUUAGAUUUCCUCGCUUUCUUCUUUCACAUACUUUCUUCCGGCUGGACCACAUUUGCAGGCACACGCGACUCGGCGGGAGAUUCAAUUUGCGCGCGUGCCACUCGGGAGACAAUUUAUGAUUUGCCAGUGAUUUUCGUGGAUCGAGGACUGUUUGCGAAUAUCGCGAAACUUUACGUCAGUGAUUUUCGUGGAGAAAGACUUCCUUAGAAUGGCCCAGACUUAUAAUCAGAAGAGAAAUGUGUACAGCAUCGAUCAGAUAUUGGGUCAUGCCAAAGAUGAAGAUCACGCGACAUCAUCUGACGCCGUCGUUGAUGGCGGUGACACGGAGCUCGGUCACUUGAGCGAUCAUCAGAUCAACGACGGAUUGCAUGAUCCUUUGAACCUGGGUGAAUCCGAUCGACCACGCAAGGUGCGAAGGUCCCGCACGACUUUCACGACCUAUCAGCUACACGAACUCGAGAAGGCUUUCGGAAACACGCAGUACCCGGACGUGUUCACCAGAGAAGAGUUGGCAAUGAGAUUGGAUCUCUCGGAGGCGAGAGUACAG